AUGACGACCCGAUUGGCUGCGGCCCCUAGAAAUUUUCUAAUAACAGCAACAACAACGGCGUCUGGUGGUUCUACAGCUGCAGCCGCAACGGGACUCAUAGAUACCGCAUCGUCUGCGUCUCCUACACUGACAGUGGUUGCAGGCGAAACAACAGCCGUGGAUACUAUAACAACCGAAACAAAUAAUGUUUUGCCCCUCAUUAAUGCCACAACAAAUGAUAUUACGACGACAACGGUGCCGCUAGAAACCCUGGUAACUAGGGACUCCAAUGCGACGACAACAUCGUUGUGCUUUAACGGUGAGGAGUAUCAGUUUAUUACCACCGAACAAUUGCAGGAUAUAAUGACGCAAAAGACAUUGGUGGCGGCGAACGGCGAUUUGCAACAGCAUCAUUCGCAUCAUCAGGAGCUGCCGAAUGGCCAACAGUCCCCCUCACCCUUAUCACAGACCACCACCGCAACGGAUGUGGCCUCCGCCAGUGGAGCAUCUGGACAUCACGACGAAGUGGCUGUCAUAAAUGUGGUGCUACCCAUGGAUACAGCAGCGGAUGGUUCCAGCAAUGAUGAGGCCCAUCAGGUUACAAUGGAUACCCUCACAGCCAUCAAGGAAGAUAACGAAGAGGCCACAGCAUGUCCCCAAUUUAUAACUGUCACGGUGUCGGCCCAGGAUGCCGGACAAAAUUAUCAAGUGCAAUAUGUCGAUGCGGAACAAUUGUAUCAUGCCAAUUCCACCCAAACCCAAAUUUCAUACCCCUUUUGUCAACUACAGGAUUAUCAGACACAUCAACAGACCUUCUAUACCACCACAUCGGCCACCGGAGAUUUCAACGGGAUAACCGAUCUUUCCAUAAAUGGUACGGAUCACACCACCACCUCAAUUCUACCCUAUUUAGUACCCGUUGAAGAAAAUCUCCUACUAAAUACCUCAUCCGAGGAGGUACACAGUUCAUCGCCACAAACACCCAAUUCCACCUCAACCUCGGCCAUGGGUUCGCAGUGUUUGAAUUUAAUUGCCGACCAUGAUGAAAAUUCCAUGGAAAAUGAACACAACCAUCUAAUGGGUGGUAGUUCCAAUAAAAUUGCCUCGGCCACAGUGAAAUGGCUCUCUCAGAAUUAUGAAACUGCCGAGGGAGUUUCAUUACCCCGUUCCACUCUUUACAGCCAUUAUAUAGAACAUUGUCAGGAGUGCAAUAUCGAACCGGUAAAUGCGGCAAGUUUUGGUAAAUUAAUACGCUCGGUGUUUGCAGGGUUGCGUACUCGGCGUUUGGGGACCCGAGGCAAUUCCAAAUAUCACUACUAUGGGAUACGUAUUAAAUCCGAUUCUUUGCUGAAAAAUCAUGACGAAGAAAAAUCCCCCGGAUCUCACAAAAAUAUUUCACCCAAUGGGAAAUUACACAGUGGCAAUACCAGUGACUCCUCACCCACAUCUUCCUCAUCCAUGGGUUCAUCCUCAUCGUGUCAUCAACCCAAUCGAAAGUUGUCCAAGAAAAUCAUAUUCAAACCCGAAACCUUUGCCACCUGCUCCCAAUUGCUGGGCGAUGGCAGCAAUGCUGUGCCAUGUUUCCCACUCAUCGAUUUGGAUCACACAUUCCCUCCGGAAAUUUCAAUACAAGAUGUGGAUCUAUUUCGUCUACGUUACCAGGAACAUUGUGAGAAAUUUUUAGAGGCCAUUUUGAAUCUUGAAUUCAAUACCAUUGAAUAUUUAUGGCGUGACUUUUGGCAACAGGCCUCCGAACAUCAUCAUUUGGUCGAUAAAUAUCUGAGCAAGCGUAAAUGGGAUCUGCUAUGCCUCUCGACGACCAUACAAAAGUUCGUCCAAGAUAUUGACUAUCAAUUUUUCCAAAAUAUGGUUGAUGUCAUAAUACCGGAUGUCCUACGCUCCAUGCCCAAUGCCCUGACACAGGCCAUACGUAAUUUUGCCUCCAACAUGGAAAUAUGGUUAAGUGAUUGUAUGUCCGGAGUGCCGGAGCAAAUGAUACAAAUCAAAACCUCCACGGUAUCGGCUUUUUGUCAAACCUUACGGCGUUACACCUCUCUCAAUCAUUUGGCUCAAGCCGCGAAAGCCGUUCUCCAAAACAGCACCCAAAUCUCACAAAUGUUAAAAGAUCUCUCUCGUGUAGAUUUCCACAAUGUCCAGGAGCAGGCAGCAUGGGUGUGUCAAUGUGACCCGCUGAUUGUGCAGCAAUUUGAAAAUGAUUUCAAAAAUACGCUACAACAAAAAAGUUCUCUCGAACAAUGGGCUUCCUGGUUGCAAAUGGUUGUUGACACUGCCCUGCAGGAAUAUCAAGGGAAGCCUUCGUAUCCCAAAGCUGCUAGGCAAUUUUUACUGAAAUGGUGCCUUUACAGUUCAAUGGUUAUACGAGAUCUUACUUUACGCUCCGCACCAAGUUUUGGCAGCUUCCAUUUGAUACGAUUACUUUACGAUGAGUAUAUGUUCUAUUUGGUCGAACAUAAAAUCGCUCAGGCUCAACAGAAAACCACAAUUGCUGUCAUUUGUGAUCGUAAUGAGAGAAAUUUGAAUCUGGAAGUGGAGGAUUAUCAAUUGGAAUUUAUUAAUUCAACAGAUUCAAUGAAUUCCGAACCGGAAGCCAAGCGUGUGAAACUUAAUUAA